UCCUAGGGUUUUAGCGGGCGGCCGAGGCCUGUCUUUUGCUACAGCCGCCGUUGCUGCCGUUGCUGCUUGCGUCUGGUUCCCUCGCUCAAAGGCCCUGCCCUCCUCCUCUUUUGAUUCAAUCAUGGCCGAGCAGACCGAGAGAGCGUUUCUUAAGCAGCCAAAGGUGUUUCUCUGCUCGAAGAAGGCUGCGAAGGGAAAGAAGCCUGGUAAGGGGGGGAACAGAUUUUGGAAGAGCAUUGGGCUUGGGUUCAAAACUCCCAGAGAAGCCAUUGAAGGAACCUAUAUUGAUAAGAAAUGCCCAUUCACUGGUACUGUGUCAAUUAGGGGUCGCAUCUUGGCAGGCACAUGCCACAGUGCGAAGAUGAACAGAACCAUAAUUGUGCGCCGAAACUACCUUCACUAUGUGAGGAAGUAUCAAAGGUAUGAAAAGAGGCACUCAAAUAUAGCAGCGCACGUAUCACCCUGUUUCCGUGUGAAGGAAGGGGACCAUGUAAUCAUUGGGCAGUGCAGGCCAUUGGCGAAGACUGUAAGGUUCAAUGUGUUGAAAGUCAUUCCAGCUGGCUCAAAAAGUGGCGGCGGCAAGAAGGCUUUUGCUGCAAUCUGAAGCGUUCUCGAGGUUCAGAGACCAUUGAGAUGUGUCCAGUUAGAACUUCUUAUUGUAAGACUGAUGUUAGAGCAGAAAUGUUAGGCUUUUAAAUUUCAUUGUGGGUACAUGCGUUUACUGAAAUACUCAUGUAAGGUUUUGAUUGGAUUAUUGAAGUUUGAAAGGGUUAAACUUAUGGCAUCGCGUCCAGAAUUCUGAACCCCUAUUUGCAAGGCCUUAUGAUACGCAUAUUUUGGAAU